GUCCUAUUCUCAAGCUCAGAUGGAGGUUGUGACCAGCCCCUCCUUCCCCCACUUCCACUCUCCUUUUAUCCUCUCUUUUAUUAACAGGAGCAGUCGGGAACAUGUAGGCUUUGUUCCCCAUUGGUUGAAAUUGCUGUUGUCCUGGCAGCAUUUGUAAACAUUCUGUCUGGGAGUCUUGGAGAAAGGCUGCUGAGAGACUUGGAGGCUUCUUCAGCUAGCGCUGCUAGUAUUUCAAACAAGGAUCUCCUCCUCAGGCCAAAAAAAAAAAAAAAUGGAUGAGACUACAAAGUCCAAAAGUCAGAGGGUAGUAACUAUUGAUGAGAGAUCUCCACACACGGUGACAACAACGGAUACACAAGAUGACAGGAAUGUGACAGAUGCAGAAAAAGACGACGAGACUAUGAUGAAUGCAGCUGUGACUGUAACUGAGGAUAUCAUUAAGCUUGCUGCUCAGUCCUUGGAAGAUAAAAUUAAACACUGCACUGAGCAAAUCCAGUGGAUCACUCACGGUGAAUUCACAGCUGAAAACGGCCAGAGACAAAUUCAGGAGCUCAUUUCUGCUUGUGAGUAUCAUCUUGGCUGGUCAUACAGCACAGAGUUUAUGAGGAAGGAAGAUGUAGAUCAUUCCUUCCACUAUAUCUACCGUGUGAGCUGGAGCCUGUCAACUGCUCAGUUACCCAUGGCAAGAGUCUACGCCAUUGCCUACUUCACUAUCAAGAUUAAAAAAAACAAACCUCCGGAUGCACCUAUUGAUGUCUCUUAUGUAUUCGAAGACCAAGCAUUAGUUCAAAGGUAUGCUUGGAAAAGGAUGCUGAAAAGCUUGCCUCCUUGACAGCUGCCAAUCAGUGUACAGCUGCCUCCACUCCCACCUCAUUCCAGAUACAGGAAGCCAAGCAAGGGAUAAGGUGGGCACUACUUAAAACUCUCACUGAGGGGAACAGCUUCUAUUAAAAAACCCUUCUUCUGUCUGGAGUAACAGGUGGAGCAGGGUGGCUUUUAAAACUGGCUUUCUUAAGGGUGUCUUGGGGCCCUGAGUUAAACAGUUUUGAAGAGGAUGGUUUGGUAAUGGGCAAGCACUUGUGGCUUGCCCUGCUGAGACAGAGAUGUGGAUGCUUCCCCACCUGACUGAUUUGGUGUUUCAGUUUACGGAGUCAAGGAAAGUUUAGCUGAACCAGGUCGGAAGUCACUAAAACCACCAGCAAAUGUGCAUCUCCUUCCCUUCCCUGUGCUCACAUGUGCACUGUUGAGGAAAGCUAAUAAACAUCUAGGAGUGUAUGGUGCUUCAGUGUUCUCAGUACUACUCAUGGCCAUGUAUACUCUCCAAUGCCAGCCAAUACUUUGAUCCCAAAACCUGCAAUCAGUAUCACUGCCGGACCAAUGAAAAGUAUCUAAAGCACACGGUAUCUAAAGAAUCUGAUCUGGAUCAUGAUCCUCUACUCUGCUCCACCAAACAAGUUUCACAAAAGCCAGUAUUGAAAAAUCCUACUACCAAAAUCUGAAAAUCCUUGGAAGUUGGAAACACUUUGAAAGAAUAUGCUCUCACACAACUCAAUUUGUGCCAUACCUUCAAGCUGUAUAUUUGAGAGUACUCGAUUUACCUUUAACCUUAUUGUACCCAGGCUCAGCAGAUCUGUAUUUUAGAUUGGUGUUUGUUCCCGUUUUAGCAGUCUGUAGAUGUUUUCCCCAGCAUCCACCUUAACAGUGAGGAUCUGAGCAAUGUUUGCUAUUUUCUGACACACCACACCCACCAGAGAAUUGAAGGUGAGAGCUUUAGGCCAGACUCAAAAAAUCGACAGCAAACAGCUCUUGGACUUCUAAACUAUCUCCUCCCUACCCUACAGGCAACAUAAGAAUCAAUCAGUAAAUAAGAGAGCAUGUGC